GCAAUUUUUUAGUGAACCUUAUUAUAUAUAGGUGAUUAUGAUUUUUCUGUACUUUUGUGUCGUUGUUUGUAAUUUGUUUUUUGAUCUUCCCAUCAAUACAACCUCACCUCUUAGCUACAGCAAUUUUAACUAUGUAGAAGAUAAACUUGGCUACAUCAGUCCCGUGAUUUGGAUAGAAGAAGGAUGUAACGCUGCCUAUGCAGAAUGGCAAAACUCCUAUGUUCAGAACGCAUCUCUCUAUACCUCUUUUCUUUUAUUCACAAGACAUUCGACUCCAGAAUACACAGUAAUUGAUGUUGGCAACUCUCAAAGUUUGAUUGAUGGAGGUUUUAAUGUUUCAAAAGAGACGAAGAUCGUGGUUCAUGGAUGGCUUGACAAUGGAACCAUUGCUUUUGCCCAAGAGUUAACAGAUGCAUAUCUAGCAGCAGAAGAUGUUAACGUGGUGGCAGUGAACUGGCCUGAGCUGUCCAUGUCUUUCUACCCUCUAUCAGCCAGUGCCAUCAUACCUGUAGGACAAUACACCGCCUCCUUCGUAGACUUCCUGGUCAUGGACGUCAACGUUGAUCCUGACCUCAUCCACCUAGUGGGUCACAGUUUGGGAGCUCACGUCGCUGGGGUCACCGGAGAGUUUGUCACCUUCGGGAACCUGUCCAGAGUUACCGGACUAGACCCAGCAGCUCCUAUGAUAACCAGUUCCCCAGCUGGAAGACUAGACCCAACUGAUGCAGACUUUGUGGAUGUGAUUCACACUACUGGAGACUAUCUUGGAGUCUUCAUGGCUUGUGGAGAUGUUGACUUCUACCCCAACGGAGGAACUCCUAUACAGCCCGGCUGUGGAUUGGAUGUUGGUUUCUGCUCACACCGGAGAGCCUACAGGUAUUUCGCAGAGUCCAUUACAAGUGCAGACUUUGUAGCAACAGCUUGUGACAAGUGGAGUGAUUACAAGUCAGGUUAUUGCAAAGACAAUGCAACAGCCAUCAUGGGAGAGCUUGUCAGUACAAGGGCUCAAGGAACAUUUUAUCUCUAUACAAACUCUACAAGCCCAUUUGCAAUGGGAAAUGUUUCAUACAAAUAUUAUAAAUAAAAAUAUUUAUUUACUUGA